AUGCCAUCAACGGUUAAUCUCCUCCUGUCCGCUCUCCCGGCCCUCCCCAUGGCGCUGGCUGCCUGCCCAGGCCCUGAUGUCAACACCGCAACGACAGAUCUCAUGAAGGCCUUUGAGAGCUGGGAGCCCGAUGUCUACGAUGACGGUUACGGGAACCCUACCAUUGGAUACGGCCACCUGUGCAGCGACUGGUCGUGCUCGGAUGUCGCGUAUGAUAUCCCUUUGUCCGAAGAGGAUGGGGUGAAGCUUUUUGCAGAGGAUAUUGCUGUCUACCAAGACGGCGUGGUCUCUGCCCUCGACUCCUCGGUUACCUUGAACGACAACCAGUACGGGGCCCUCGUCUCCUGGUGCUAUAACGUCGGCGCGGGCGCCGUCGCCGAGUCGACCCUUGCGGCUCGCCUCAAUGCCGGCGAGGAUCCCAACACUGUGGCGGAAGAGGAACUGAUCAAGUGGGUGUAUGCGAACGGCGAGGUAUCGGAGGGGCUGAAACGCAGACGUAAUGCGGAGAUUGAGCUUUUCCAAACCAGCAGUGAUGGUGAGGCUCUGCCUGUUUCUUGCUGA